AUGCUACGCGUGUUCAUUCUGUGUGCAGAGCGGUUGCAAACGCCAGACGAUGACAUCAGUGAUGCCUACUGCAGCGUCACCUAUGAAGGGUCCAAGAAGAAGACAAAGGUCAUCAAAAACAAUCCUAACCCUGUGUGGAAUGAGGGUUUUGAGUGGGAUCUGAAGGGGAUUCCUCUGGACUCUGGAGCUGAGAUUCACUGUGUUGUUAAAGAUCAUGAGAAAAUGGGGAGAAACAGGUUUCUGGGGGAGUGUCGGCUAGGUCUUAGAGAUGUGCUCAACUCUCCCAAUUUCGCCGCCACCUUCACCGUCUCCUUGCUGGACACCAAGAGGAACAACACAGGGGCCACGCUGACCCUGCAAGUUUCCUACCUUCCUCCUCCAGGAUCCGCUCCGAUGUUUCAACCUCCUCCCCAGCUGGAGCCUCAGCCUCAUAACAAUCCUAGUGUGGAGCUGGACACAGUCACAAUGAUCUCUCUGGAUACUUUGGGUGAAGAAGAUACGGAGAGUAUGAUGAUGCUUGAGCCCACAGAGGACCAGGGAGCAGACGAUGGACGCUCCAUGGUGAUAAUUGGUCCUCAGGGGCCCCCGGGCCAGGAAUCUCCUACCGCCCAGACGCCCAAGCGCUCACCGCCAUCCUACCACACCCAAGGAGGGCUGAGGAAGAGGAGGAGAGGAGCCAGCAGUCAGCCCAAACAGCUACCCAACAAACCACAGGAUCUACAGAUUCGUGUGCGGGUCAUUGAGGGACGACAGUUACCGGGUAUCAACAUUAAACCUGUUGUUAAGAUAGCAGUUGCCGGGCAGUCCAAGAGGACCCGAAUCAGAAAGGGGAACAACCCAGUCUUUGAUGAGACUUUCUUCCUGAACUUCUUCGAGACGCCCUCAGACUUGUUUGACGAACCCCUUUUCAUCACUGUAUGUGACUCUCGUUCGCUUAGAACUGACGCUGUGAUCGGUGAAUUCAAGAUGGAUGUGGGCACCAUCUACAAUGAGCACAGGCACUGCUUCUUGAGGAAGUGGCUUCUGCUUUGUGAUCCUGACGACCUUUCUGCUGGGGUCAAAGGUUACCUGAAGGUCAGCUUGUUUGUCUUAGCAGCUGGAGAUGAGCCACCGGCUGAUAAACGUGAGUGUGUGGAGGAUAAAGAGGAUAUAGAAUCAAACCUGUUGAGGCCUGCAGGUCUGUCACUGAGAGGAGCCUCGUUCAACCUGAGGAUCUUCAGAGCUGAAGACCUGCCACAGAUGGACGAUGCCUUCAUGGAUGGGAUGAGGCAGAUUCUUGGGUUUGAUAGCAACAGGAAGAAUCUGGUGGAUCCCCUGGUGGAGAUUCACUUUGCUGGCAAAACGAUUUGCACUAAGACUUUGGAGAAGAAUGCCAAUCCACAGUGGAACCAGCGCCUGGCCAUGCCAGUCAGAUUUCCUUCCAUGUGUGAGAAGAUGAGGAUCAGAAUUCUGGACUGGGAUAGAGCCAGUCACAACGACGUUAUCGGCACCACCCACCUCUGUAUGUCCAAGAUCUCUGCCCCCGGAGGAGAGAUAGAUGUGGAUGACAGUCUUGGUUUCCUGCCAACGUUUGGUCCGUGUUUUGUAAACCUAUACGGCAGCCCCAGAGAGUUCACCGCCUUCAAUGACCCCCAUGAGGCUCUUAACUUGGGAAAAGGGGAGGGCGUGGCAUACCGAGGCCGGGUUUUACUGGAACUUACCACGAAACUGGUGGACAAGCCGGAGCAAAAAACUGAAGACAUACCCUCAGAUGAUCUUUUGGUGGUGGAGAAGUUUCUCAGGAAGAGGAAGUUCUCGCUCUUCGUUGCGUUUUACUCGGCCACGCUCCUCCAGGACGUCGACGACGCCAUCCAGUUUGAAGUCAGCAUCGGCAACUACGGCAACAAGUUCGACUACACCUGCCUUCCUCUGGCCUCCACUACUCAGUUUAGCAGGGCAGUGUUUGACGGUUGCCACUACUACUACCUGCCAUGGGGAAAUGUUAAGCCGGUGGUUGUUCUCUCUUCGGAGUGGGAGGACAUCAAGCCAAGGAUCGAGGCUCUCAACAUGUUGCUGGCUAUCACAGACAGGCUGGAGGCGAACCUGCGGAGGGUGCAGCUGGCAGUAAAGGCUGGUGGCGAUCUGGAGGAGGUGGAGCUCAGAGUGGUGGAGUUGUUGGAUCAGCUUAUCAGUGACUGCAGUGAGGAGCUGCCCUCUCUCGAUCAGUGGCAGUGUGCGACGCCUCUGGAUCGCUCGCUGAGGCACGUUCGUACCCUCCACCUGCAGCAGAUCGCCGCGGCAGCGCUGGCUCUCAAACACGGCCCAGAGACGGAGCUCUCCACAAUGCUGGAGCAGGCUGAGGACUGGGCCAACAGGCUGAGGACCAUGGCUGAAGAGCCCCAGAACAGCCUUCCAGACAUCGUGAUAUGGAUGUUGCAGGGUGACCGCAGGGUAGCGUACCACCGCAUCCCAGCACGCACCGUCAUCUUCUCCCAGCAGCACUGUGGAAAACACUGCGGUCAGCUGCAGACUGUUUUUCUUAAGUGUCCACAGGGCAGUGGGGGGGAAGCCAAACUUCCCGGUCAGUUGAGGGUUAAAGUUUGGUUCGGAUUAGCUGCUGAUGUCAAACACUUCAAUGACUACGCUGAAGGAAAACUGUCUGUCUUUGCCGAGGCGUAUGAGAACCAGACACGGCUCGCUCUGGUGGGCAGCUGGGGAACUACAGGUUUAACCUACCCCAAGUAUAGCGACAUCACCGGAAGAGUUAAACUGCCCAAAGAGAGUUUCAAACCCUCGCCCGGUUGGUCCUGGGCUGGAGACUGGUACAUCAGCCCCGAGAGGACACUCCUGUUUGAUGUGGAUGCCGGUCACAUGACCUUCACAGAGGAAGUGUUUGAAAACCAGAUGAGGCUACCAGGUGGCCAGUGGAUCGGCAUGCAGGAAGGAUACACGGAUGUGAACGGGGAGAAGGCGGUGCCAAAGGACGAGGUUGAGUGUCCACCAGGUUGGGUAUGGGAGGAGGUGGAGUGGAGUGAGGAUCUCAACAGGGCUGUGGAUGAUCAAGGCUGGGAGUACGGCAUCACCAUUCCCCCAGACCGUCGUCCCAAGUCAUGGGUGCCGGCAGAGAAGAUGUACCACACCAACCGGCGGAGACGAUGGAUACGGAUGAGGCGACGAGACCAGCAGAAGAUGGAAGCUCUGAGAAAGCAGCGUCCAGACGAGGCGGAGAGGGAGGGCUGGGAGUACGCCUCGCUUUUUGGCUGGAGGUUCCACCUCAAGCCCAGGAAAACGGACAGCUUCAGGAGGCGCAGGUGGAGGCGCCGCAUGGAGCCGCUGGAGAAGACAGGACCGGCAGCCAUCUUUGCCCUUGAGUGUUCUCUGAGCAGUAUAGAGGACAAGAAUGAAGACAAGUCAGUAACGACCACGUUUGGGGUCAACAGGCCUACCAUUUCCUGUUUCUUUGAGCGUGGCACUCGAUACCAUCUGCGCUGCUAUCUGUAUCAAGCCAGAGACCUGAUGCCCAUGGACAAAGACAGCUUCUCAGACCCCUACGCAAUAGUAUCCUUCCUCCACCAAUCCCAGAAGACGGUGACGGUGCGAAACACUCUCAAUCCCACUUGGGACCAGACGCUCAUCUUCUAUGAAGUGGAGAUUUUUGGCGACUCCGAGGUCACGAUGGCCAGCCCUCCCAAUAUUAUAGUGGAACUCUACGAUCAGGACACAUACGGAGCUGAUGAGUUCAUGGGUCGCUGCGUGUGCCAGCCCUCACUGACUCGGUCGCCACGCCUGGCCUGGUUCCCGAUUCGCAGAGGGGACAAGAACGCUGGCGAGCUACUGGCUGCCUUUGAGCUUAUACGCAGAGAAAAGCCGUCAAUUCACCAUAUUCCAGGUCAAGAGGGAGAUUUCCUGACUUCCACCCACGUCUUAGAUGAGCUGAUGUUUCCAGGAUUCCUCUCUGAAAACCUGCAGCAAUGGCCGGAGGAGUCAGACCUUCCGUACCCACCGCCUCAGAGAGAGCCAAAUGUCUUCAUGAUUCCUCAGGGAAUCAAACCUGUUCUGCAGAGAACCGCCAUCGAGAUUUUAGCAUGGGGCGUCCGGAACCUGAAGAGCUUCCAGCUGGCCAGCGUUACCUCCCCCAGCCUGCAGGUGGAGUGUGGAGGCAGCAUGGUCCAGAGCUGCGUCAUUCGCAGUGUGAAGAAGAAGCCUAACUUUGACAUUAAUACCCUUCUCCUUGAUGUGAGACUUCCCCAAGAGGAGCUCUACAUGCCGCCAAUUGUCAUCAAAGUCAUUGACAAUCGUCAGUUUGGGAGGAAGCCGGUGGUUGGGCAGUGCACCAUCCGCUCGCUGGAGGAGUACCGCUACAACCAAGAAGAUGAGCAAGCUGUGGAGUUGGAGGGAGAGGAGGAAGGAUGGCGACGUGAGACGCCCCAUUUAAUUUCUGGGGAGGUUUUUAUUGACAUUGAUGAUGAGCAGCCGCUUGUGUCUGACCAGGGAGAAGAGAUUAUGGACUGGUGGAGUAAGUUCUACGCAUCGACUGGAGAGAAAAACAAGUGUGCGACUUAUCUGGAGGAAGGCUUUGACACUCUCAAGGUGUAUGACCGGGAGCUGGAGAAGACUGAGGAUUUUAAAGGACUCUCUGAUUUCUGCCAAACAUUCAAACUGUACAGAGGAAAGACUCAAGAUGAAGGAGAAGAUCCCUCAGUGGUGGGGGAGUUCAAGGGCAUGUUUAAGAUCUACCCCCUGCCGGAUGACCCCGGUGCCCCUGUUCCCCCAAGGCAGUUCAGAAAGCUGCCUCCCAACGGCAUCGAGGAGUGCUUGGUCCGAGUCUACAUCAUCCAGGCUCAUGGACUCCAGCCCAAAGACCCCAAUGGGAAGUGUGACCCAUAUGUGAAGAUCACGCUGGGGAAAAAGUCCGUCAACGACCAUGAAAACUACAUCCCCUGUACACUGGACCCAGUCUUUGGAAAGAUGUUUGAGCUCACAUGUUCUCUCCCACUGGAAAAGGACCUUCGCGUGAUGCUGUACGACCACGACAUGCUCACCAAAGACGAGAAGAUCGGCGAGACGGUGAUUGACCUGGAGAACCGCUUCCUGUCCAAAUAUGGAGCCAUGUGUGGCCUGCCACAGUCAUAUCAUGUAUCUGGAGUAAACCAGUGGCGAGACCAGUUGACACCCACGCAGCUGCUAUACAGAUUCUGUGAGAGAAGAAAUCUGCGGAAGCCGGUCUAUGAAGAUGAAGCAGUCCGCUUCAAAGGAGAACGAUACAUCGCUGCCGACCUCGAGGACAAAAAUGUGUCCAAACGUCAUCUUGGCCCAAUUAAGGAGCGACUGUCCCUUCAUAUCUUGAGGAAACUGGGAUUGGUACCCGAACAUGUGGAAACCAGACCACUCUACAGCCCGCUCCAACCUGACAUAGAGCAGGGGCGUCUGAUGAUGUGGGUUGACCUCUUCCCCAAGUCUCUGGGACCACCUGGACCGCCGUUCAACAUCACGCCACGAAAGGCCAAAAAGUUCUUCCUGCGUUGCAUCAUCUGGAACACCAGUGAUGUCAUCCUGGAUGAUGUCAGCAUCAGCGGGGAGAAGAUGAGUGACAUUUAUGUCAAAGGCUGGCUCGACGGACAUGAACACAACAAGCAGAAGACAGACGUCCACUACCGCUCUCUGGGAGGAGAGGGGAACUUCAACUACAGAUUCCUGUUUCCCUUCAACUACUUACCAGCAGAGCAACUGUGCGUCGUCGACAAAAAGGAACAUUUCUGGAGUCUGGAUAAAGCCGAGACUAAACUGGCUCCUAAACUGACCAUUCAGAUCUGGGACAACGACAAGUUCUCCUUUGACGACUACCUAGGUCACCUGGUGAUGGAUCUGAACCACAUGUUGCGUCCAGCAAAGUCUCCAGAGAAGUGUACCCUUCAGGUGCUCGACCAGCCACCGGACAAACUGGUGUCCCUGUUUGAACAGAAGACCGUCAAAGGCUGGUGGCCCUGCACCUGCGAGAACAACGGAGAGAAGAUCAUCGCUGGGAAGGUGGAGAUGUCUCUGGAGAUAGUGACAGAGCAGGAGCAAGAGGAGAGACCAGCCGGCCUCGGCAGAGAUGAACCCAACAUGAACCCUCACCUGGAGGAGCCUCAGCGUCCAGAGACAUCCUUCCUGUGGUUCUCCUCCCCUUACAAGACCCUCAAAUACAUCCUGUGGAGACGGUUCAAGUGGUUCAUCAUUCUCUUCAUUUUCCUCUUCUUCAUUAUCCUCUUCCUUGGAGUCUUCCUCUACUCCUUCCCGAACUAUGCUGCCAUGAAGAUGGUGGGACCAUUUGGACCAGCCAAGGAAACAAAGUGAAGAUGAGGAGCAUUUGAAGGAAAAGACAAGGAGACGUGAAUAAAUGGAGACAAUGAGAAACCAUACCACUGUUCUGAGAGUGAAAGGAGCACGGAUUUUAUUAGCCCUUCCUUCUUCUUUUUGAGACUUUCUCUGUUGUCUUCCUGGAGUCAUGAGUGAUGAAGUCAGCCAAAUUGUAAGAUCAAGAAUGUCCUUUGAUAUAGUCACACCUGAUUAGCAGUGGCUGUAUGUGCGCUUAAGUUUGAUAUGUGUGCAUUUUGUGCCUUUACCGUUAGAUUCACUUCUGUACUUCUGUGCUGAAAGCGUUUCCAAAGUUACUAUCAGAACUCAGCGUGUGCCGUCUGCAUCGCCGUCAUCCCUCAGUCACCGCUUUCAUCUCUUUUCCCGCCUCGCGCUCUCCCUGCUGCCCUCACGCAGGGGAGGAGGAGAAGAAAAGCUCGCCGCUGAGUGAGGCCGCGAAACGGCAGAAACAGAAUUAAAGAUUGUGAUUUUGAUGGUGUUUGAUCUUUUUACCGCCCGCUGCUUCCCUGCGAGAGGCAUAGUCAGGUCAGGCAGUCAGUUUACCGACUCAUGUCAAACUUUAUCACUCCAAAAAAUUCAAUCUGAGGUUAAAGCGUGGCGGGAGUUUUCAGCGAUUAUUCUCUUUGAAUCACCUUUUAAUGUUGUUGCCCUGCUGCUUUCAAGUGCAAUCAGACUUUUUUUUUCAAUAGUCAGAUCAGAGUUAAGUUGUUAGAAGUGAAACAUAAUAUCCAGGCUGGGUGUUUUUUUUUCUUUGAUUAUAUUUUUAUUGCAGCAGGUCACAUACGAUGCCUUCAGGUUGUGUGGGAUUUCCCAGCACUUACUGAAUACUGUUAAAAACAAAUUUUCGAGCUCCUCUCCUUAACUAUCAGUUCUUCUCCUUCUUUUCCCUCAUCUUCCUCCGUUUUCCCCCUCCUCCUUCUCUAUCCAACCUAAUCCCCCUUCUCCUCAGGGUUCAGCAGGUUAAGUCAGGGAUUUGCUUUUGAGCCGUAUUAUUACAUAGCAUGUUUUAGAUAGAUGAUGUGGGCUGAUAUGGACACACAAGGACACAUUGUGUUGUUGAUCCUUAAACAGCUCAAGCUUUAGUGAGCAAAGCCGAACAUUGGUGAACGAUAAAGAAGAGCCGCGUCAUAAUCUGAAAAAUUUUAUGUAAAGUCUCAUUUUUGCUUAUAUUUAUUAUCUUCUUUUCUUUGGGUGCAACCACAUCCUGGCUUUGUUUGGUUUGCUCCACAGUGGAAAAGUUGACUUGGACCCUUUUAGUUCGUUUUAGGUUCACACCAGCUGGUUACAGGUCAAGCAGGCCUCGUAAAUAAAAGUCACAUCGACUCAGAAGCAGCUCAUUUAACGUGCACACUUUUGGUAACCUGUCGUCCUGACAGGUCAGAGAGGAUUUACCUCUGAGCUUCACUACAUCAGCAUAUAUCACAGUUUCUAAGAGUAGGUGGGGUUUUUUUGUGUGUGUGUGUGUGUUUUGUUUUUUGUUUUUUUACUUUAGCGUAUUUCAAUGUUCACCUUUAAA